AUGAUACUGCACUUAGCCAGCAGGGUUGGAUUAUUGGCAGACGCUAAAGACGAUUUAGAUCACGGUCAUGUUCAACUAGUGCCAGCACGGUUACAUCUUGUGGAAGAUCUCAGCGUACACAUCAUGCCGCCACGUACAAGAUGCUCAAAUCACCUGAAUAACACAACGCCACAGCACCACGAAGUUGCCAGGCAGCAGCGACAUCCCGGUGUAAGGGCAUAG